UAAAGGUGUAUCGGAGCGUUAAGUAUGUUUAAUAUGGUAGUACCUAAAGUGGUUUUGCAGCUGAAAAUUAAAACAAAAGCAGAUUGCUUUCCAUGAUGUACAGUUAGGUUGUUAUUUGAACCCAAGAAAAUGGCUCGAACACACGUUUAUUUUUGUGCUCUGUUCAUCAGUACCUUUUCUUCUGUGGUACUAGCUUUGGAGCCGGUGUGUCCAGUAUGCUCAAAGUAUGAUUACGAAGAGAAACUUUUAGAGAGGGUGAUACGAAUGGAGUUCACAGUGGAAAAAAUUGUGAAUGACAACAAAGCCGCCGUCAGCGAUCAAAUUAAUGAAGGAUUGGACAUUGUCAGGAGGGAAAACGCUCAACUGAGGGAGUUGAUAAGUGAGAUGUCAACUAAUCUUACCGAUUAUGAAAGGCAACAGUCCAACAAGGUCGAGGAGUCUCUAAGCAGCGCUCGUGCGUCCCUGGACGAUGCGAUUCAGCUGACCAAAGCCAAAGAAACACCGUUUGUGCUUUUCCACGCAAGUAAUCCGAAAGACAAAAGUCCCGCCACAGGAGACACAAUCGUGUUCUCGGACAUUCAAACGAACGAAGGAUUGGGCUACGAUGCCGCCAACGGGAAGUUUACCGCGCCUGUGUCUGGUCUCUACAUGUUCUUCAUGCAAGUCUGCGUUUAUAGCAAUGUCUAUGUUAACUUACAACUAGUGAAGGAAGCUAACGUGCUGAUUGGUAGUAGUUACUAUCAUACUCAAGGGCAUCCGUGCUCCAGUGCCCAGGUUUUCACGCGGCUUGUAGAGAGUGAGAGCGUCUGGGUGUAUUGUGUGUCAGGACGGGACACAGCCCAGCUGUAUCACGAUAGUUAUCGCUGGACCAGUUUCGGGGGAGCUCUUGUUCAUAAAUAAUUAAAUGAGGACCUACUGCCCCCAUGUUGGUGUUGUACACGCACCAGAUGACCUGAAACAUACCGGAUUCAGUAACUGCGAAUACUCGAUUUUGAACAUGUCUCACCUGAACUAACUACAAGACAUGGUCGUUUGAAAAUAUAUUCACUUAAGCUACCAAAAACACCCACGAAGCUCGAAUGUGUUCUGUAAAUGUAGAGUUAUUUUUGCUAAAUACAAAACAUCUUACUCACAUAGUUUUAGCCUGGCGCAGCCCUGCGUCUGCCAGUGAAUCGUUAAUCAAACUGAAUAUCUAUCAGUGAACAUUUUGCAGAUUUUAGCAAACCGUUAACAUUUAAUCAAAUUUAUUGAUAUGCAUAAAUUGUUAAGAUAAUUUUGUUUCUUAUAUUUUGGUGUACAAACAUUUGAGUUUCUUUAAUUUCAACUAAAAAAAUAAAGUUUCCGCUUAGGUGAUUGUUUUACUUAGAUGCCUAACGCAUACGCCUAUACGGCCCUGCCGGUUCUCAUCGAUGACAUUAUAUUAGAUACAAUAUAUAAGAGUUAACACCCUUUCUCAUAUUGUUGGAUUUCUUUUAUUGGACACGUUUCUAUCAAACGGUUUGAGUUUGGCUUUGAGAAUGGAAAUGUGAAAAUGAAUACUGAUAGCAGUUGUUUUCUUUUUUCUCUUUUUUGCUGCAUUAUUACCGUUUGGCAGUGUAUCAGUGUUUUCAAAUCAGUCCUAUAGGAUAACACACAAUAGAGCAGAUCUCAAUUGUUUGGCAAACUGCUGAAAAUUUCAUUUUUUUUAAAGCGUUAGUAACGCUUUUAGCCAUAAAACAUCAGUUUUCGAGCGUAAAUAUUAGAAACUUUGAUCUGAUCUUUGAUCAGCAUUCUUAUAUCUCCAGCUUUCAGACAUUUACGCAAAAUUAGGCUCAUUCCAAGACAAAAAAUCAAAAAAGUUGUCAAAACGGUGAAUCUGUGAGAUGUAGCUUUAAAACAUAAGAUUAUGAUUACGUAUAUAUUAAACUAGGUUUAUCAAUCGCUUUAAUCAGAUCUUAUCGAAUAUACUGUCAUAUUGAAUGUGAAAUUAUAUUGUAUAAAUAUGAAUUAUUUCAACUUAAGGAUAUAAAGAUGUAUCUCACAUACGAAACUGUAAUGUUCACACCGUCAACACUUAACACGUGCAUACCCUUGAAAUGAAUGAUUUCAUUCCUAAAAUUACGGAUUAUUGCUUGAAGACUUUUAAGUUAUAAUGAUCCUGUCUUUCAAGAAAUUAAAUCAAUUACGCUUGAUUGAAUCUACGAUUACAGGUUGAAAAUAUUGCAUAAUUGUUAUUAACUCCAUACAAUCUUACACAUUAUAAUAAGCCAAAAACACAACCAAUGUAUGCAAUAGAAGAAUACCAAUUUGUAAAUUAAUCAGAUAGUUUCACAAUCGCUUAAAUAUAAAGGUAUCGAAGGUUGAAUCUUUUUUUACCUCUUUUCUGCAGCCAAACAAUAUCGAAGACGAUCCAGUGCAAACAUUCAACAGUUCGAAAAUACCUCAUUGAAAUAGUAAUUUAUACCUUAAACAGCACUAAAUUUGGAUUUAAUUAAAUGGCUUCUUUUUCAUCUAAUCUAAAUUGGCAAGAGGUGCAAUUUGUGUGGGAUUUCAAUUAUCUAAAUGCAUUGUAAAUACAGUAACUUGAAACCACAUUCUGAUAGAAUCUAGAUGCAUGUAACAGUGGUUGUCAAAUAGUUCAGAAAAAAAAUUGCAUUUCUAAUGAUUUUAUGUCAGUUUUCAAUAAUAUGAUUAACGAUUAGUUAUUCAUUUGGUUAUGCUAAAUUAUGAAAUGUCGUUAUUUGAUUCGCAUUAAAUAACUAUAUAUUGUA